GCUCGACCUCCUCGGCGCACCCGGUCCAUAAGGCUCUCUUAUUCCCUCUCCUGCGCUUCGCCUCCCAGCCCAGUCGCCCACGACCGCCGUGUCGCCUUCCCCCUUCUCACCGCCUCCCUCGCCAUGAAAUUCGGGCGCAAGAUCUCUAACGACCUUUACAACGAAUGGCGGCCCUUUUACAUCGACUACAAUUUGCUCAAGCGCGAGCUCAAGGCGCGGACCACUGGACGCUCAUGGUCGGACCAGGACGAGCGUGAAUUCACGCGCAUGCUGGAGAGCGAGCUGGACAAGAUCCACAACUUCCAGAAGACAAAGACCUAUGAGCUCUCGCGGCGCAUCAACGAGGCCGAAAAGGCCGUCAAGCGUCUUGUUGCGUCCUCUCAGUAUGCAAAUGGUCACCACCACGCGGAGUCCAGCAGUGGGAAUGGCAACGGAGCCUCGGCCGACCCAGAGGCACAGCAGCGUGAUAGUGGGCUGACGCAGGACGCCGGCUCGGACGACGAAGACGAUACCGACGACGAGGACGAUACCUUGUCUGUCGACGCGCUUGAAGACCAGUUCAUUCUUCUCGAGGAAGAGGUUGCUACACUUGUCGCAGACGUGCACGACCUCGCACUGUAUACCAAGCUCAACAUCACCGGGUUCAUGAAGAUUCUCAAGAAACACGAUAAACAAACAAAUCGCCCGCUCAAGCCGACGUUCAUCCAAGGGUACCUCGAGAAACGGCCAUUCUACAAGUACAACUGGGACGGGCUUAUCGUCAAGUUGUCGCGUCUAUAUGACCUCGUACGGACCCGCGGUCACCCCGUUCAAGGAGACUCGAGUGCCGGCGGGAAUCAGAGCGCGUUCGUUCGGCAGACGACGAAGUACUGGGUCCACCCUGAUAACCUGGUUCACUUGAAGUUGGCCAUCUUGAAGCAUUUGCCUGUGCUAGUGUUCAAUCCUGAUAAGGAGUUCGAGCCGAAGGAUGCAGCUAUUUCUUCCAUCUAUUUCGACAACCAGGACCUCGAGCUUUAUCUCGGGCGGCUGGAGAAGACGGAAGGCGCAGAGGCGGUCCGUCUACGCUGGUAUGGCGACAUGGAGCAGAAGACCAUCUUCGUCGAGCGGAAAACACACCGCGAAGACUGGACGGGUGAGAAGUCUGUGAAGGCGCGCUUCCCGAUCAAGGAGCACCUCGUGAACGCCUUCCUCCGCGGAGAGCACACGAUGGACGCCGAGUUCCAGGAGCUCGUCGCGCGCGGGAAGAAGUCGCAGCAGGAGGUCGACGGCAUGAUCCAGCUCGCAAACGAGGUCCAGUACAGCAUCAUCACCAAGAAGCUCGUACCUGUGAUGCGCACCUUCUACAACCGGACGGCGUUCCAGCUCCCGGGCGACGCGCGUGUGCGUAUAUCGCUGGACACGGAGCUGACGAUGAGCCGCGAGGACAACUGGGACGGGCGGACGCGUGCGGGCGAUAACUGGCGGCGCAUGGACAUCGGCAUCGACUGGCCGUUUGAGCAGCUUCCGCCAGAGGACAAGGAGCUUUUCAAGUACGGCGUUUUGGAAGUGAAGUUGCAGACCCAGUUCGGACAGGAGCCGCCGCAGUGGGUGACCGAGCUCGUCUCGUCCCACCUCGUGGAGGCCGUGCCGAAGUUCAGCAAGUUCAUUCACGGGUGUGCAACGCUGCUCCCGAACCGCGUGGACCUCGUGCCGUUCUGGCUCCCCCAGAUGGAGGUCGACAUCUUGAAACCCGACACGGGCGCGCUGAUCAUUGAGCGCCCGCUGCAGUCUUCGUCGAAGGGCACGUCUUCGCGUACGGGCACCUCGGGCCAGACGACGCCGGAGCACACGCAUUAUGCGGAACCGGUGUCGGAGGGCGAGGAUGACGAGGAAAUGGACAUGGCCCCAGCGAGAGACGAGGGGAAGCGGACUGGGCUCUCCGGGCAAGAGGUCGCCGCAGCGGUCGCGAUCCGGGAGAAGAACCUGAAGGAGCGCGCCACGCAGCCCGCGACGGCUGCGAGCCCCGAGGCGGGCGCAGAUGCAGACGUCGAGUCCGACGGCGAGGGCGCGGACGAACGCUCGCCAUUCCUGAAGAAGGCGCGGCAGCAGGGCGAGGGCAACCUCGUCUCGGCUGCGCUGUCCGGCACCGCGCAGGUGCGCGCGAUGUCGAUUGACCCGCUCGCGACGAGCUCAGCGUUCGACGAGACCCUGCGGGAUCGUCUCCGAGAGGAGGGCGUACAACGGCGCGGGCGCGAGGACUCCGCCGUGGGCGACGACGAUGACGACGAUGACGAAGAUGAGGGCCCGCAGGAGAACGGGGACAGGGAGCGGGAGCGGGCGGAGGCGGCGCGGAACGGUAGCGAUCGCAUACUGGACCGCAGCUGGCGCGCUCCCGCAGGCAAGCGGAUAGCCAUCCCGGUGCGCAUCGAGCCGAAGGUGUACUUUGCCGCCGAGCGUACGUUCUUCCGCUGGCUGCACUUCGGCAUCUACAUCGGCACGAUCGCGACGACGCUGCUCAACUUCAUCCCGCCGGACGACAGGGCGGGGCUGAUCAGCGCGUGGGCGUUCACGUUCGUCGCGCUGAUAUCCAUUGUAUAUGCGGCGGUCGUGUUCGUGUACCGCGCACUGCACCUGCGCCAGCGCCGGGCGGAGGGCAUGUACUACGACCGGUACGGGCCGACGGUGCUCUCGGUGCUGCUCGUCGGCGCGCUUGCGACGAAUAUCGCGCUGCGCGUGCGGGAGAUGUAGCGAGGUCGGGGCGAAGGUGGAUUGGGUGCGACGGGGUGAUAUCUAGUAGCUCAUGGACCUUUCUUGCUUUUCUGUUCCUACAUACAUACUUCUAAGCCACGGGCUGUACCCGCACAUGUUAUCAUACCAUGCUCCCAAACGACGAUCUGUUGCAGUUGGACAACUCUUUGAC